AUGAAGCCACAUCUCUUAGCUCGAGAUGAACAAAAUCUAGAAGUUGGCGUAGAGGUUUCUGGAAAGGAUGGUUCUUCAGCUUGUCUUGAAGAGGCAAUGAAUAACAUAUCAAGCUUAGGUUCAGCAGGAUCAUCCUCAGAUAACUGCAUGCAGAUGGAAGAAACAAAUGCAGACAAAGAUCCUCUCUGGAAUCCGGACAGUGUCCCAAGAAGAAAGAGAUCAAAGCUUAAACAACACAUUUUGUCACCUGCUGAAAGACUCCAGAGGCAACUUCAUAAGAAUCUCCAGGAACCAGACUUUGAAGAUAUAUCUGACGAUGAGGAAAAUGUUACUCUAAUUUAUGUAAGGAACAAAUACAUUCCUCCUAAUGAGAUUGGUCUUGGAGCUAUGCUGCUUGUAUCACCAACAACUACUACAGAACGCUCGAAGUCUAUCAACAAUGGCAGACGAUAAUGUCUCUUGCUCAAUGAAUGCUUCUAAACAAAAUUCAUCUAAAAGUGAAUUUUGAGAUGCAUGCAUAUGGUUCAAGCUGGUAUGUGAAGCUAAACUCUUAUUGUCUAGCUAGUGCAAUGUUGGUUAAAAACAAUUUCGGCUGUUCCAACUUUACUGGAUGUCCCCAACAGCAAUGCACAACAACUUGGGUGUUUUGAGACCAUCUAGUUUGCCAGUUGUGCAUUUAUUCUGGAUAUUUUAAGUUUCUUCCUUUUUAUUGGAUGGAAUUUUAGACAUGUCAAUUCUGCUUUUUGAUGCCUUUAAUAUGUCAAUUCCAAAGUCUAUCACGCAUGCUUACCU